AAUUCACGUUUUUUGCUCAGCUCCUUAAGAGGAGUUAUGAUGGCAUACUUCGGUAUUUUGUUCGGUGCUUAUUAUUAUUUAUGCUGGGCAAACUUCGCUGGGGUUCCGCUGCCUUCUCGCAACAGUUCAUUUUUUCCCUAUUUCCCUCCAUUGCAUUCUCUUCUAUCAUUUAUAUAUUUAUCUUUGAUGUUGUGUCAUUUCCAUUUCCAUUUCAAUUCCCAUUUAUAUAUAUAAGUAUAGCGGGAGGAGAGUUUGAGGCGAAUGGAUGAGAUUAUCAGAGCAACCCGGAAGCAUGCGUUAACUUGAGAAACCUAGAAUUCUUACUAGUAGGGAGUAGGAGUAGCCCU